CAACACGCGAGAAAUUUCAGAUCUUUCCUCUCUCUCUCUUCCUUCGCAUCUCCUCUUCUUUUUUUUUUUUCUGCAACCUCGUGUAAUCGUGGAGAGAACCCUUUUUGUUACUUUUACUUUUCUCUGGAAAUAUUUCGUGUCUUUGAGAAUCUCUCUAUCUUCCUGGAAUUUGGAUUUCCGAUCAUUAUUUUUUUUCUUUCGUUGGAGCAUAUCGGAGAGAUCAUCGUCGUCACAUUUAGGACAGAAGACAAGACCUCAGUGUAGUUAAGUCUUUAAUGCUGAGGAAUCGUGUGAAUAGAUUCUUCAUCCCCACUUUAGUUGCAGAUCUGGAACUUUUACUGGGUUGAUUUAUCGAGAAGAACCAAAAAGGUUCGCUUUGUCUCCCACAAGUGAUGGUUGUAUGACUCACAUGCAUGUCCUUUGAAUCUGUUCAGCAUCAAGAAGCUUUCCCUUUGAAUGGAUAUGUCUGGUAUUGAAGAAAUCAGCACCUUUGACGAAUUUAGGGAGAGAAGAUCAGACUUUGAAGUCUCUGAAGAUGAGAGACGGCGCUCAAAAAUAGGGAAUUUGAAGAAGAAGGCCAUUAAUGCUUCAACCAAGUUCACUCAUUCUUUGAAGAAGAGGGGCAAAAGGAAAAUCGAUUAUCGGAUUCCUGCUGUCUCCAUUGAAGAUGUAAGGGAUGAAAAAGAGGAGAGCGUUGUGCUCGAAUUUCGCCGUAAGCUUCUCGAGAGAGAUUUGUUGCCUCCUAGACAUGAUGAGUACCAUACUCUUCUGAGGUUUUUGAAAGCUAGGGAUCUUAACAUUGACAAAACCAUCCAGAUGUGGGAAGAAAUGCUGCGAUGGAGAUUAGAGUAUGGGACAGAUACCAUACUAGAGGACUUUGAUUUCGAAGAGCUUGAAGAAGUUUUGCAAUACUAUCCUCAAGGCUAUCAUGGAGUUGACAAGGAAGGAAGACCUGUCUACAUUGAAAGACUUGGAAAAGCUCAUCCCGCUAAGCUUAUGCGGAUCACCACCAUAGAUAGAUAUUUAAAGUACCAUGUGCAGGAGUUUGAGAGAGCUCUCCUGGAGAAAUUCCCUGCAUGCUCAAUUGCCGCAAAGCGUCGAAUCUGUUCCACGACUACAAUACUAGAUGUGCAAGGAUUGGGAAUUAAGAACUUUACACCAACAGCUGCAAAUCUUGUGGCAGCCAUGUCAAAGAUUGACAAUAGCUACUAUCCUGAGACGUUGCAUAGAAUGUACAUAGUAAAUGCUGGAACCGGUUUCAAAAAGAUGCUUUGGCCUGCUGCUCAAAAGUUUCUUGAUGCAAAGACCAUUGCAAAAAUACAUGUGCUAGAACCCAAAUCUUUAUCUAAGUUGCAUGAAGUCAUUGAUUCAAGUCAAUUGCCAGAAUUCCUUGGAGGUUCAUGCUCUUGCUUUGGUGAUGGAAGAGGGUGUCUUCGUUCUAACAAAGGACCCUGGAAUGAUCCUGAAAUAAUGAAGCUCAUCCACCGUGGAGAAUCGUCACUUUUUAGGCAAAUCACCAGGAAGCUGAGCGACCCGCAGAAUUCUUCCUCCUACAUAAGUAUACAUCCAUCGACGGCUAUGCAAGCAGAGACUUCAGCAGCCGACUCGGUAUCUUGUUCUGAUGUUCCUACUUCUCCAACUGGAAGAAUGUGCUCAUCAUCUGCUCGUGUGAAUCUAACUUAUGAGGAAUCUAGAGCAUCGGAUGUUAACGGCUAUUUUAGUUGCGAUGACAAGUUUGCCGUACCUGACAAAGCUGGUAACCGAAGAAGCCAAGAAAAGUCAUCCCAUUACCAAAUGCUCGGACUCAAUCAAACAACUCUCCGUUUAAAAUGUGAAACAUCUCAACCAGGUGCUCCCAUCAUUAGUUGGCUUCAUGAGUUAAGGGGGAAAAUUGACAAGAUAAAAUGUGAGAACCUAGCAAAAAGGCUACUUUCUUUAAUGCUGAAACUAGCUGCAGUUUUCCGUUAUACCCCGUUUGAGCUUCUGAGAAGCCAGACCACAGUAAGCCCUUCAAGUCCAACAGAAGAUGAGAGUAGAUGCAGCCUCAUCCCAACUCCUAGACAGCCCACAAUGAAAGACCGGAUUCUUCCAUGUUUAGAGCGAAUUCAGAAACUGGAGAAAAGUUAUGAGGAUAUCCGGAACAAACCCGUUGCCAUACCUGUGGAGAAGGAGAGAAUGUUGAUGGAUUCGUUAGAAAGAAUCAAGUCGGUUGAGUUUGAUCUCGAUAAAACAAAGAGGCUUUUACACGUCACUGUGAUGAAACAGAUGGAGAUAACUGAAAUGCUGCAAAGUUUGCGAGAUUCCCAACUUCACAGAAGAAGAAGAUUGUUCUGUUAAAAGCCUUAAGAGAACAUCUGAGUUUUGCACAAAUACAAAUCUGCACAUACAGCGAGAGAAAGAGAGAACAGAUCCCGAUAACAAAACACAUGUUAGGUUCUUUAGCUCCUUCCCUACUCUAACUUGGUUCACAACUUUUUUCUCUUUUUUUAAAUAGGUCCCUCUGCUUCUACUUUUUAAAGUUAUAAAAGAAGAAGAAGAAGAAGAAGAUAAGGACAGAGAAAACCUCUGAGGAUCAGUCAUGUCUUUGAUAAUUUAGAUUGAAAUCAGAGUUUGAAGUACCAAACCCUUUUGUUUGUAAUCGGUGUAGAUAAGAAACUACACUAUGCUAAACAAAUGAUAUUUUGUAAAUCCUUUUUAAGGGUAUUUUGAUAAUGAGAAUACACUACGAGUCUCUGAAGAACCAA